UCGUGCUAAGACCUACGAAGCUAUGUAUCAUAAAAAACCUAUAGUGUGUAGUUUGAUACCAAAAUAAUGUUAAAGCAUUUUGGUUAAAUAAAAUCAGCUUGAUAAUAGUGAUGAUUUUCAAAUAACAACAUUCCCCAGUUUAUUACAAAGGUUGUUUGCGUUACCGUUAAUUUACUUGAGUAGUAUGGCUACAACGUUGUUAGCUCCUAUUAAAACUCAAAAGGAAAUACUUGAGCAUUCUAUGACAGAAGAUGAUCCUAAUGCAAACACACAAUUAUUAACUGAUAUUGACCAAAAGCUUCGCUGGGGACCUCGUCAUCGAGGUGCAUUAGAGCUAGCUGAAUUGUACAGCCCAGGUAAGAGGCUACAAGAAUAUGUGUGUGUUGUGGUGUGUUGUACACUAUGCAUAACAGCCGGUAUUUUAAUGGCGAAGUAUCUGCGUGCUGACGCAUCUCUGCUGCUGGCGGCUCUUGCGGGUGUUCUGACAGCGGAUUUCGCUUCUGGCUUUGUACACUGGGCUGCCGACUCGUGGGGUGCAGUAGAUCUUCCUAUAAUUGGGAAGAACUUUUUACGGCCUUUUCGGGAACAUCAUAUAGACCCGACGUCAAUAACGCGCCAUGACUUUAUUGAAACUAAUGGAGAUAAUUUCGCUAUAACAAUUCCUGUUCUGGCGAGGAUCGUCUGGCAGCUGCUGACGUAUGACGAGUCACAAAUAACCAAUGAAUUUCACUGGAUAUCAUAUUGGUAUUUGUGCUGUAUUUUUGUGGCGAUGACAAAUCAGAUCCACAAAUGGUCGCACACAUACUUCGGUUUGCCGGCGUGGGUCGUGUGGCUGCAAGAAUGGCACAUAGUGCUGCCUCGACUGCAUCACCGAAUCCACCACGUCGCGCCGCACGAGACUUACUUUUGUAUCACGACCGGUUGGCUCAACUGGCCUCUGGAGAAACUUCGCUUUUGGUCAAUUCUGGAGACUCUCAUUGAGGCCGUAACAGGUUGUAAGCCCAGAGCUGAUGAUUUGAAAUGGGCACAAAAACGUGCCUAGACAAUACCUGACCAUUACAAAAUAUAUACAUUCAUAUUUUUCGGUGAAUAGUAAUGUUUAUUAUAUACACAAUUUAUAGCGAAUGGUUAGAGUAUGAGGGGAGAGUGGGUAACAUUGGAUCAUGGAGUGCAGCGGAUUAUUACCUAUAUAUCUGUAUGUGCUAUGCGAAUGCAUGCCGAAAUACGCGUCUCGUCUGCCUAUCUUGCUUUCUUCGGUAUUCGUUAUCGAAGCGAUAUGAAAACAGGAAUAUAGUCUAAUACCCCCACGGGAAGAUAGGCUGGUAGGCAACCGAAAAAAUUAAUAUUUCAUGCAAUUAAAAUUUAUUUCCUAAUAUUUUAUCCAUAAUAGUCGAUGGGCCACAGUGCAUCUUUUCGUGUUGAGUCCCAGCGCGAAUCAAAUUAGGUUUUAACUUAGGUUUACAAUUUGAGACAAAUUUAUCUAGCCUGAAAAUGAAUACACAGGAAAAACACUUAUUGUCAGAAAUUUAAGCGUUUAUUAGACAUAGUAAACAUAACCCAAGUAUUUACGUAUGACAACUACGAGUCACAAAAGGCAUUUCAUGGUAUUUUUAAACAUUGAAACUUGUGCACCUAUAAAAAAAAGUGAUUACUAGUACCCACUCUCUCCUAAAUAUUUCUCGGUAGUAAAACCAAAGAAAGAAAGCUUUAAAUAGUGGCGGGAAUUAAGAAAUAGUUUUGAUACUUUUUUUUUAAUUUUCUACAAAAUAGAACUGAAAGUCAAUUAGAUAAAUUAUGUAUAAUUUGUGGAAACGUAUACUUCAUAACCGAUAAUAAUAUACCCUAUAAUUUUUUGAUAAAGAGAGUUAAAAAUUAUUAUACGGAAUUCAUUCGAUAUAUUAAAAUGCAGGGGUAUCAAUUCUCGCCACAAACGCAGUUUUAGUAGAUGUAAAGACCGCUUAUCCGAAUAUCGCAUCUCUCUUUUAAACAUAGUCGAAUCGUUAACAUAAUACAAAUAAUUUUGCGUAGAAGAAAAUAGAUAUGAUAGUUAUUUAUGGUAAAAGUUUACUAAAUUAGAUUUCGCAAAUGAGAAGACGAAUCUUAUUCUGGGACAAAGUCGUGGGCUUAGCAUAGCCACGAGUUUGUGAGUAGGUCUCCGCUAGUGUUCCAUACAAUGUUUUGUCAACACAUAUGCGACCAAAACAGUACAGUAGGAUAUGAUAUUAAAAAAAACUUUUGCUUUAUAAUUAAUAUCAGUCGAAAAGUCAUUCUACAUUCUUUGCCGUUCCUAAUAUGAAAAUGGCGCUCAUUUGCUUAUUAUGGCUAAUAUUUUAACUACAGUAAAUAAUGUUAAAAUAGUGAUAUACCUAAUAUCAAUAGGCAAAAGCGCUUCCAAGGAGGUUCGAUCAAUCAGCCGAUUUCUUCCUUUUAAAUAAAUAUUUUUGGUCAGGCCACCACCACUUUUUUUUUAAAUUUAUAAUUUUGUUUUUGGAAUUUACGAAGAGCAUGUAAAUAUUAAAGUUAUCAGAGGAGGGUUGAGUAAUAAUUCAAAUUUAGUUUAGUAUGAAAUGUUCAGUGAGAAUUGACAUAAGUUUGUAAUAGUUAAUACAAAAUGGCGGCGAAGUAUAAUCCGAAGUAUAAAACGUAGUGGAUUUCGGCUUUGUCCGUUUUUUAACAAGAUUACAGCCGUCAUCUAUAAAUCAUAUAAAAAGGGUGCGUACUAAUGACAAUAAAUCUAGUGUUCAUUAAUAUAAUUAUAAUAUCAGGGCGGUUAUCAAAGUAAACAUUCGCUGUCUAUGUCGUUUUAUUAUCUUUAUCUACACCCAUGCUUUAAAUCAUCUAGUUAGCUUAUUGCCAACAUUAAAACACCCAAUUUCCUAAUACCCAUUAAAUCAUCCAAACGAGUGUUCCAAAUUCAGUACAACAUUAUAUUAUCAUCCGUUUUCAUAAUAACACUCCUUUGGAUGAUAUUAUGGGUACACUAGGACUGGCUUUUUUAAUGUUAGCAGUAAGCUGUAACUGUUUCAGAAUCUUUUAUUGAGGAUUCAAAUUAUGGGUGUACAUAAAGUCUUGUAUGCAACUGUUGAUAAUUAUUAUAACACUCAUUUGAUACUAUUAUCACACGAGGCGAAGCCAUCAUUCUUGUUUUAAUACCCCUUAUUACACAACAGUAGCAUAAUAGUUAUUUAUGCAACUGUUGUGUAAUAAGGGGUAUUAAAACACGAAUGUGGAUUUAUCACACGAGGCGAAGUCGAGUGUGAUAAUAGUAUCACAUGAGUGUUUUAAUACCUAAUUAUCAACAGUUGCAUACAAGACUUUAUCUACACCCAGAAUAUGAAUCCCCUAAAAGAUUCUGAAACAGUUAGCUUAUUGCUAACAUUAAAACACCAGCCCUAGUAGUAGCCUUAUAUCAUUCAUUACUGAUUAUAUACAAAUAAACUAUGUAUUCAUGAAACAAUUAUUUAUUUAAAUUCACUCGAAUAUAAUGUUCUUUUGCAGCGUUUAAAAUGAAUCGCUCAUUUUUUGUAAACAAAACAAUAAAAAUAUCAAACAAAAAUGGCGGGGAUUCGAAUAGCCUACUUUUUUUUACGGCGCGCGACGUUCUGGUAGUGUGGAACGCGCGUAAACGAAAAUGUUCUUUUUUUGAAAUUCAUACAGAUACCACGCAUCGAGCAAUAAGAAUGUGGAUGUCUGUUGAAACUCUUUGCGCAUAAAGGGAUCGAAAAAAAAACAUAGGACUGUUGUUAUGAAAUUCAGUACAACAUUACAACACUCGUUUGGAUGAUGUAAUGGUUAUUAGAACAUUGGGUGUUUUAAUGUUGGCAAUAAGCUAACUGUUUCAGAAUCUUUAAUAGAGGAUUUAAAGCAUGGGUGUAGAUAAACAACUAUUAUUGAAUAUGUUCAAAUUCUAUAAUUUUGCAUGUUUCAGCGAGAGAUGUGAUAUUCGUGAGGUCCCUUCUAAAUCUUUAAACAUUUAUCAAUACCAAAUACCAAUCAAAGAUUUUAGGCUAAUUUUAAUCUUUUAUUAUGAUUUACUCAUAUCAUGAAAAAAGACAAUACCUACAUUUAAAUAUUGUAUUAUAAUACAGUGGUUUAAACUAUUUUAAAUAGAAAAUUACAAAUACGCUUGUGAAUUAAAGAUGAAAAUCAAACACAAAAUGGCAACUUUAACAUUAGUUUAACAUUGGAAUGGAAUAUCUUAGUAUGUACAUAACUUUAUAAAUCGAUAAAAUCCUCAAAUGAGCCUAAAUUUUUAUACCUUAUCUAUAACUUCGUGAUUCGUGGUUUAAAAACCCAGCUAUUUUGUUUUUUUAAUUUUGUAGUUUGAUAAAAAACAGCAUGAUUUAUGAAAUUGAAAUACGAUUUGAAUUCUAUUCGAAUUAAGCUUUGAGCUUUUAAAUUGCAAAUUUAUAUUUUCAUUAGUUUUAAUAUUGAUAACAAAAACUUGAGACCACAAGCAAUAUAUUGUGCAUAAAUGAAAGUUGCUAAUAAUUUAUCGACUAUUAUACCUAUGAGGUGAUUCAUUGCUAUGCAUACAUAACUGAUAUUUUUAAUAAGGGAAAAUAUUUUAUACAAAUUAGUGUUUAAGAUCGCCUUAUAAUCGGAUAUGGAUAUAGUGUAAGAAAUGUGUAGUUAUAAUGAGGUGUAGGUAGGGUUGCCAACCGUACUCUAAAAUAGAGUAUUGUAUUCUAUAUCUUGUAGACGUACUCUACAUCCUUUAUACUAAUAGAGUAUGCUAAAAUACUCUUUUUUUACAAAAUAUUUACUAUACCAGUGCCUGUCUAAUAUUAUGCAAACCCAUUAUCAUAAAAGUUCCCAAAAAAAUCGACUAUAUAAUGUUAAUAUGUUGGUAUCUCCAAGCCACAUUCGGACGUUUCUGAAUGCAGCCACUAAUGUCAAUGUCAUGUCACAUGUUGUUUUGAGAAGUGUGGCAUCUUUAAAAAAAAUAAAUUAUACUAUUUUUUGGAAGUCCGUACUCUUUUUCUACCUCCUUUGAAAUCAGAUAUACUGUGUUUCUUCUAAUAAAACCUUGGCAACCCUAAAUGUGGGUAUAUUUUUUAAGAAUGUGUGGGGCCUUUUAUUGUCUCUUUCUAUGUCUUUAAUAUAACUUGUUACACAUUUUGCAAUUAAUCAAAACUUUAUUUCAAUAAGUAUAAACCCUAAUAGUUCUACAACAAAGUAUUGUAACUUUUAUGAUUAAAUUAAUGAUUAACAAUUGAAAUAUUGGACGAAUGGCACUUAGAGUGAGAAUUGUUUUGGGCUAGAAAAUACUGUUGUAUCAUUUGAUAUAUGCGAGAAAAUCUACAACAAUUAUAGACUUCGGAUACAAUUUGAAUAAUUAUAACUAAGCUUGUGUGUUCACUGAGUUCACAAUAACUUUUGCUUUCAGCACUUUGAAUAUCGUGUUUGACUGUUUUGUAGUACCUAAGUAUAAAGAGGCAUAAGUUAAAAGUGAAACAAUGAUUUAAGUACAUAUUGUUUUAAAAAAAUGAAUUUGGUAAAUUUUGUUUAAUUCGUCUUUUUUUUAUUUUUAAUCUAACUAUAAAAAAAACUUUUGAAAUGUAACUGUGGCCUUUUAGACUUGAUCAACUUAAUACCCAAAGAAGACUGUAUUUCACUGUUUUUUGUGAAAUACAAAAGUAACUGAGUCAAUUAGAUUUUUAACUGCCUACUGUUAGAUGUUGCAUUCUGUGAUAUUGCUUUUUAUAUACACAGCAAUAAAUAUAUAAAUAUAUUAUUUACAAAUUAUCUAAUACCACUAGGUAUAUAAAAGUGUUGCGCCAUUUUACAAAUUUUGAAGUAGGCUACAUUAAGACAUGUAUACUUAAGUGAAUUAAAUUAAAGAAAUCUGCGAUUAUUAUUUAAAAAUAAUUUUAUGUCAAUGUGUGGUUUGAUAUUAUGUUUUAGUUAGGUCGGUUUUGUUUAGAAACAAAUAUGUUGGACUUUAUUAUAAAAUAUUAUACUUAUGAGUUGGAGAAAGUUACGUCUAAUAUUGUAUUCAUUACAUAGAAACAUAGACUUUUUGUGAUAUUUUGUUAAUUUGACAAUGAACUUCAACAUUACUGAGGUUAGAUUAAAUUAUUUAAAUAUUUAUUGUUGAAUCUAUUAUGAUGUUUUGAAUCGUUUGACGCCUAUCCUAUAUUAUAUAACAUUGCUUAUUUUUGUGUAAUCAUUAAUAAUUUAAGGCAUUGCAGCGUUAUACCAAGUAAUAGUAAAAUACUAACCCCCUUAUUCAUAAUGGGACGCUAACUUUAAACAGCCGCUUAGGAGUGUUUUUUCUCAUUCUGACUCAGGUCAAUAGAAGACAGAGUGAGAAUUAGCAAUGCUUUAAGUUAGCAUACUAUUAUGAAUAAGGGGGUUAAUGAUUCGCAUUGUCUCCGUGUUGAAGUACAUACUUAUUACUUAAACACAUUAACAUGUUCAAGGGAUAUUUAAGAUUUUGCCGAUUACGAAAACUAUAAAGAAUUUGCUAUUACAUUAAAACAAUGAAAUAAAGGUUAUUAAGGUAGCCUUUUAUUAUAAAUAAACAAUAUCACUAGAUUUUUCUUUUAAACAAAAAUGAUUAAUAAUGAAAAAAAAUUGUUUUUCUUAAGAAUCGAAAUAGGAAAAUUCUUAUUAAAUCUAGUUGAUAAUUAGUUAAAUAUAGAACCAGUACUUCCCCCUCUGGUAUUAUUCAAAAUAGGAUUUAAAAUCAUUUAUUGAACGUCAUAAACUUAGUUUAAGGAUUGGUCUCCGCUGCGCUCCAACUAGAUACCGCAGGCGUAGUCGCAAAGUGCGGCUACUAAUACUACGCCCACGUGGGUGUACUCGAGUCAGUCUCGAACAAUGUGUGACGUUGGCGUGCCACAUGUUCUUUUAAACUGUGCUUAUAGCUGAAACUAAAAUGCCGGGUUUCGUAGUAAAAAUUAAACAAGAAAUAAAAAAAGACACUGGGAUCACAUAUCAUAUGUAAUUAUUUUGUAUUUUAUUAAUUUCAAUGUAAAAUAACACAAAGCGUAUGUUACAAAAUUUUAAAGAUGCCAUUGGAGUGUCAAGAUGCCACGCACACAAGCAUCUAAAAGUUGCCGUAAUAAGUAAAAGCGAUUGUUCUUAAGGCGAAGAGUAAGCAGAAAACACGCAAACAUGGUGUUUUUAGACAAGUUUUGUGGUGAAAGUAUAGCAUUUCGAGCUAUGAACACUACUUAAUCCUGUUACACAUAUCCUUAAGUCUUAUUUGUAGGUUGCUAAUGCUUGCUGUUGGUUAUAGUUAACACUGCCGAGCCUUUUUGAACUACCACUUUUCUUUGAAGUUAAACAAGUUUUUUGGCAUGACUUGACGGACUUUUUUCGGUACUUCUCUCAGAAAAGUUAUUCUUAUAGCUUGUACUUUUUUGUGUAGGUUCAUUAAUUCAGAUUAGUAGUGAAUAACGAGAAUUGAAAGCAUAUAAACUGUUUUCCACGCAAGAAUUUUGAAAAUAUUGGUUUUGUUACAUCGGCCGGCAGCCGUGAACUCAUAUCGCUCAAGGUCGCUGGCAUUUAGGGUCGCCUUAAGUAGUGCGGUAUUUAGUUGGAACGCUGCGGAGACCAAUACUUAAUCUAAGGUCAUCAAAUACCACCCAUUCGAAAAUGCUUAGAUAAUAUUUUAUACGUCUAGAUAAAGGCUAUUGCUGUUAGACAACCGAUAAUAACAGCCAGGAAUAAUAGUUUAGUGUGCGUGACAAGCUACGUAUUACACCCGUGAUUUGUAUGAGAUUUUAUGUUAUGCAUGAAUUGCUCAAAAUAGAGGUUAGUUCUAAACUCAACGUUUUUCGAAGUUUUGAUGAUCUAAAUUCUAAGCGAAAAAGUAUGCCUCAGACCUGAGAACAAUGGGCAAGAAACUUCAAAACAAUAAAUAAAUAUACAAAUGAUUUAAGUUUUCUUUAGUGUUAAUUCCGCCAAUAUUUGUCUUUAAAACAAUUCGACACGUGUUUCGCCUCUACACGAGGCAUCCUCAGGACGUGCUGUCUCGCCAAAAUCUGGCGCGAGACUUAACACUUAAGAAAACUUAAAUCAUUUGUAUAAUUAUGGAUUUUCGCAAAGUAACGCCUAAUUCAAUAAAUUUUAAUAAAUAAAUAAUUAAAAACAAAUAAGAAAUAUCAUUGAAAUCUUAUAUAACUAUCCUUAGAUUUAUUGAAUGGCAUUCAAAUCCUUUUAAGAAUAAUAUACUUAUCCCUAGAUUGUGUUGAUCAGUGUAGGUACGUACAUAACAUUUAUAAUAUAAUAAUAAGAAGGUGCUUAUUUUUAAUUGGUACAGUCAAAUUGGUUAAACUUUGUACUUGCAGAUUUUUAAUAUACACUAAACAGCCUGA